CAUACAGUAGUAGUAGUACUAGUACACACCACCACUGCUCAUUCAAUUCAAUUAUCACUAGCAGCUAGAUCAAGAUGGCCGCGCCGCCGGCGACCACCUGCAGGAGGAGGAGGACGCCCCCGCUCGCCGCCCUUCCUCCUGCACCGGCGGCGGCACUGCUACGACUGGCGCUGCUAGCAGCUGCAGUCCUGUGCACUACCGGAGCAUCUGCUGCUGCAGGAGCACAGCAGCUCGAUGUGGGCUACUACAGCAAGGCGUGCCCCGCCGCCGAGGAGAUUGUGCGCAACGAGACGGCGGCGGCACUCAGGGACUCGCCGGACCUCGCCGCAGCGCUCCUCAGGCUGCACUACCACGACUGCUUCGUGCAGGGCUGCGACGCGUCGGUGCUUCUGGACUCCACCCCCAACAACACGGCCGAGAAGGACGCCAUGCCCAACGGCAGCCUCCGUGGGUUCGACCUCGUCGCCCGCGUCAAGGACCAGCUCGAGACGGCGUGCCCGGCCACCGUCUCCUGCGCCGACGUCCUCGCCCUCAUGGCCCGCGACGCCGUCGCCCUCUCCAGGGGCCCCUCCUGGCCCGUCGCGCUCGGCCGCCGCGACGGCCGCACCUCCUCCGCCGCCAGCUGCGGGGAGCUGCCCCCGCUGCGCGGCGACGUCAACCUCCUCGUCCAGGCCUUCGCCGCCAAGGGCCUCGACGUCAAGGACCUCGUCGUGCUCUCCGGCGCCCACACGCUCGGCAAGGCGCACUGCGCCUCCUACGCCGACCGCCUCUACCCCUCCGCCGGCUGCAGCACCGCCGACCCCGCCCUCGACGCCCGCUACGCCGACAGGCUGCGGAUGCGCUGCACCAUGGCCGACGGCAGCAGCAACGGCACGUCGGAGCUCGACCCCGGCAGCUGCGUCACCUUCGACACCAGCUACUACCGCCACGUCGCGCGCCGCCGCGGCCUGCUCCGCUCCGACGCCUACCUCCUGGACCACCGCUUCACCAGGGCCUACGUGCUGCAGGCCGCCUCCGGCAGGUACGACGGCCACUUCUUCCACGACUUCGCCGUCUCCAUGGACAAGAUGGCCUCCAUCGGCGUGCUCACCGGCGACCAGGGAGAGAUCAGGACAAAAUGCAACGUCGUCAACUGAUGAUCUGAUUGAUUAUUACCAUCAUUGUCGUAGUUGUGCUGUGUUCAUGCAUUCGUAGUAGCUAGUAGUAGAUGCAUGGCUGCCAUCUCGAAUUGUAUUGUCGAUCCGCAUUGUGGGUGUGAUGGCCUACUACUUCUUGUACUAAAAAAAAAUCUAGCUAGCUAGGAUAUAUAC